AUGUCCGUCUCGUAUGACUCCGAGAACACUUUGGACAAUGCCACUUGGGUGGCUGUCCUCCUGAGUGAACGCGACGUAGCCGGCCAGAUCCCGAUCAACUUCGUCACCAACCCCUCCGUCUCGCUUUCCUCGGCCUGCUUCGGCGCAGGCUUAUACGAUCGAGACGAUGCCGCCAAAUGCAUUUCGAAUCUCCUAGCAGUCGGAUAUCGGCGACUAGUGCUAGAUCUAUAUUGGUCGGUCGAGAGCAGGACAUGGAGCUUCUGCCCAGUCACCAUCCCAGCAAAAGCCGAUGUGAUGGUCUCCGCGUACACAUCCACUACUACCGAAGCUUCAAAGACAACCACGGUGACGACUACGACCGAAUCAUCCUCGACGACAUCGGACGCAGAAACAGCCUCCAUAACAGGUUACUCGGAUUCCCAGGGAGACACGGUUUACGAGCUAGGACCAUAUCGCUGCACGGAUGAUCUCGACCUAUUCACCCUAGCAAAAGUGCUGACCGGAUACUUUCAAGACACAACAUCCCAGUUGACUAUAUUCACGACCUAUCUGGUAUUGAAUCUGCAUGUAGCCGGCAGCGAUUCUGCGCCGACGAAGCCUCCACCCGCCGUAACCGGGAAUGACCUGCCCUCGUCGAAAGAAGAACGAAUUGGCUCGUUUCUCGAAUCGAGCUUGCGAGAUUAUAUAUACAGUCCUUCUCAACUUGCCCAGGAGCGAAGCAACCUCAACGAAUCCUGGUAUAAGGUCGACGAGAGUUAUAUGCCUAUCGUGGAAUACUACACCAUUCAUGAAGACCGAGAGGGUAUACAAAGCACACCGGAUGGAUGGCCGUCGACCAAAUACAUCCAGCUUGCCAAGUCCGACCGUGUCAUAAUGGAAUACGGCUCGGUUGACCCGCAGCUGGCCACGUACGACCUGUCGCAAGAUCAAGACGCAGUUUUCCUCCCUGGAUAUCUGACCUCUACGAUAAACGUGUCAAUGGCCACGAACGGCUCUGUGAUAUCUGGGGGGGCCACAGAUGUCUCCCAGGCCAACUCGUCAUGGGCAAUAUCGAAUGGUAUCUCUGUGGCAUACGCUGCAUCCGAUGAUAGCACCAUGCAGUCGCUAGACGAUACUAUCGCGGGUAUUACAGGAUGUGGCAUUUCGCCGAUGCUCAAUACUACUCUAUUUGGACAGACCGCCGACGUCAACGUCGACCAUUACCGUAACGUCUCGCUUGCCGCAGGGUGGGCGUGGGCAAUUGGUGAACCAGAGGGUGCCGCAACUGGCGGCGGCACGCAAGGCGUUCCCAAAUUUGACCGCUGUGCCAUCAUGGACCUCUCACUCAGUGGCCGCUGGCGUGCCACCAACUGUACCGUGCAGCGACGCGGUGCAUGCCGAGUGGGCAAUUCACCAUUUUCAUGGGCUCUAUCAACAUCUGCUGUCGAGUACAAUGAUGUCUCGGGCAUGUGUCCUCCCGGCUCCAGCUUUGCCGUGCCUAGAACUGGCCUUGAGAAUACUUAUCUUUAUAAAUACCUCCUGACUCAACCCCAGUCCAUCAUUGAUCCUGAAUCUCUCAACCUUUCUCAUCGCGAGAUCUACGUCGACUUUAAUUCCAUUCAAAUCACCUCGUGCUGGGUCACUGGUGGUCCUGGGGCUAGCUGUCCCUAUGCAGCGGAUCCGCAGCAGUUGGAACACAGGACGGUACUGGUUGCUGCCAUUGCUGGAAUUGUGAUCUUGAUCAUCACUGCCUUGACUGUAUUCGUCAAGUGCAAUGCCAAUCGCCGCAAUUCUCGGCGCCGAAAGCGUGUUAUCGAGGGCUGGGAAUACGAGGGAGUUCCCUCAUAG